UCCCUUAGGUUUAGCUUCUCUUCCUGUUUUGGAACUUCAAACUGAUGAAGAUCCAGUGUGAUGUGUGUAACAAGGACGACGCCUCGGUGUUCUGCACCGCCGACGAGGCCGCCCUCUGCGACGCCUGUGACCACCGUGUCCACCAUGCCAAUAAGCUCGCCUCCAAGCACCACCGCUUCUCUCUCAUCCACCCCUCCUCUAAGGAGUUCCCCGUCUGUGAUAUCUGUCAGGAGAGAAGAGCCUUCUUGUUUUGUCAGCAGGACAGAGCGAUUCUCUGCAGGGAGUGCGACCUUUCAAUUCACAACGCCAACGAGCACACCCUGAAGCACAACCGAUUUCUUCUAACAGGUAUUAAGCUCUCCGCCACCUCCGCCCUUUACGAAUCUCCACCGCCGCCAACUGUAGCAACUGCUAGUUCUGAAACCGCCGCUACCGAUCUCAAAAAGCAUCAACCUUUGACCAAGGAAUCUGUAUCCUCCCCCUCCCCUCCAAUUUCAAAUCCCUACCCACCUCCAGUUGCUGCCAAGAAUUCAACUUCAACCGCUGCAGUCAACAAAGGCGGUGGAAAUUUGGUGGGUGCGACUAGUAGCAUAUCGGAGUACUUGAUAGAGACGCUUCCGGGCUGGCACGUUGAGGACUUUCUUGAUUUUUCUUCUGCCCCCUUUGGUUUCUCUAAGGCCGACAACGAUAUGAUGCUGCCGUUUUCCGAUGCCUAUCCGGGAAGCAAUCUGAACUCUUUCUCAUCGGAAAAUAUGGGGAUGUGGGUCCCGCAGGCACCGCAAGCUCCUCCGCAUCAGUAUUCACAGGUGGGCGGUGGGUUCGUCGGGUUCAAAGAGACAAAGGAGGGUACAAACAUGAAUGCCGGCAAAAGACUCUGGAUGGACGAUGGCUUCACAGUUCCUCAGAUCAGUCCUCCGUCUCUUGGCUCCAAGAGGUUCAGACCUUUAUGAUACAACAAAUUAGAGUGGGAAGCGAUUUCCGCACACUUUUUUCUCCUUCUGCGCUUUAUGUUUUCGUCGCUUGAUUCUCGAAGGAGCGCAGACGAAGAAAAAUGGUGUGCGGAAAUCACCCAUUUAGAAUUAAGCCUCACAAGAUCCAAUCCUUCAAUCCUUCUGAAGUAAAUUUUAACGCAGGGAUUUCGUUUGUUUGUUUGUUUGUUUGUUUUUUUUUCCUUGUGGUUUUACUUCGGUCUCUUCUUCCCACUUUUGUAUGAGGGGAGUUUUAAAGGCUUUCAACAAACUCAGUUGGGGUGCUUCAUCUUCCUCUUCUCUCUCUCCCCCCUUUGUACUUAUUUCGGAAUGCAAGCAUCAAUGUAAAUGUCAACUGCAACUUUCUGUGA